GUUCCGAGAGAGUUUGGAUCCCGCUGCUCCAAUCGGAGAAACCAAACCCGGUGUAGGAAUUCACAUUCUUCUCAUUAUCAAUCUAAAACAGGAGUAUGGCUGGUGGAAGGCGGGGUACUGCACGAAGUACAAGACCCCCUGUACCCCCUAGCCCUGCAGUUAAUCCUGUCAAACCUUCAUCACCAGGUUGUGAUGAAAUCUACCCACCCCAACCAGUUCCUCUCCCUGAUAUACCUCACGAUUCACAAACUACAUUCGAGGUGUUGGUGUUUAUGUACAACCUGGCCGGUCUAGGACUGCAGUAUUUGAACCUGUACAGAAGUGUCUGGUGGUUACCACACAGCUACAAUAGUACAGCGGUCAGUUUCUACCUGAUCGACCCGUCAGUAAUCGCGUUCUCCGUUCUACUCCUGGGUAGAAGGUUACUAUGGUUGGGACUCAAGGCAGCAUUUGUUCAUCUCCUAGCCGUAGCGUCAACUGGCAGGUUUUUGAAUUUUUCCAAAUACUGCUUCAGUGGACUUCUGUUAAACCUUCUAUUUUAUAUUUCCUACUUCAUCAUGAGAAGCCACAGUUUAGUAACUAUCCUGUAUCUGGUAUACCCCUUCUCUCUAUACAUAAUUCUAUUCGGGGUCUCCCUCUCCCCCUUCCUCGACCUCAUCCCAGGGACCCAGGGCAGGAUCAGGAUAUACAAGGAUAAGCUUGGAAUCUAUAGAACCAAUCUAGCAGCUGCCGGAGGUCUGAUAACCUCACCGGAGCUGGUGAGAACAGAGGUUGCCAUCACUAAAGCAGAUUUCAACGCUAGAUUAAAACAGGUUUUGUUUAAUGCAUUGUUGAACUCCUACUAUGCUGGCUGUAUUCCAUGUCUUUUCGCUCAGUCCUUCCUUCAAAUGGAGUUUUGGUGGGUUCUUCAGCACUCGAUAAUCAUAUUCUUGGGUUCAUGUACACUUUACCUUGUUCAGCUGUUUCCUGCUGGAUACCACAACCUACUGCACCGUGGAGUACUAAGCCUGGGUAUCUGGACGAGAAUGACCGGAAGACUCUCUCCUAGCUUUUACUCCACGUGGUCUCCAGCCACCAUGUGGCCAGGAGGAUCUAUUGUUAGACAUGGGAAGGAUCUUUACAAAGCCGAAGGGACAGUAAACGCAGGCGAGCCAGGGAACAACCAUCAUAUCAGAUAUUAUUAUAUGUUCUCUGAUCCAAGUAUAGCUACUGCCUGUGUUCUCAGCCUACAGGGUUUACUAGUGACCUACCAACUCUACCUCCUUAUCCGGUCACAUGUCUGGUAUCAUCUUAUAUCUCAGGGAAUACUGCUUUUUAUCCACUACUAUACACUGUUCAAGUUAUCUAGAGACUAUUUAGUGCUCUCCAAGGUGUAUCAGGCGGAGCAGGUUCUACAGGGGAGAUAAUCCUAUUCCAACUCAUAUUCUGGAUCCUAGCUCUAUACAGACACCUCUAUAUCCUGAUCCUACUUGUAAACUUAGUCCUCCCAUCAUCUGUUUUAAGUGUUCAAUGUCUCCAAGGAUAUUAUAUGUAAGGAGAGAGAAAAGGGAACUCUCUACUCUACGUGAUGUACUAGGAGAGAGUAGGAACUAGAUUUAUACAUUUGUCACAAACAAACUUUCCCCCUCUCCAUACUUCUAAUUGUUCUAAUUGUGUCUGACUAUUCACUCUGUAUUAAACAUUACAAAUUUUAUUUGUUUAUUUUGUGCAUUCUGGAACUGGAGACCGUAAACGGUUUCAUGUACUGUACAACGAGAUACUAUGAAGGAUCCGGAAGUAUCUAAGUCGCAAAUAUUUGUCAACAUUGUACAGCUGUUUGUUAAACAAUAAAGUAAACCAAGUCAUGA